UUUAAAUUAUUGUUAAAGUUUUCAAAACUGUGUUUUUAUGGAGGCAUGUCUUAUGAUGUAUUUUUCAAAAAUGGGUGACACUUGAUCCCCCUUUCAGCACAUGGUUUAUUUAAAGGGAAAAUCAUUCCAGAGUCUUCCUAUUCAUUUUCUUUUCGAGUUUUCUUGUAUUUUCGAUGAAUAUGGAGUGUUUGAAAUUGUAAGAUUUCCUUGAAUUUUUAAGAAUAUGCCGUAUUUUCAAAAUGGGGAGACUUGAUCCCCCUUUUUUUGGUUUGUACUAAAGUACUAAUUAUCUGACACAUUUUAUCGUUGAAUAGACUAGAAUUCCAAGUAAAUAGAGGCUUCCGAAUGGAAUUUUAUUUUUCACAUGUAUAAUGUGUGUGUAAUCCUCGAGGGAUCAAGUCUCCCCAUGUCACUGUUGUGUAUACUAAGCUGAAUUAAUUAAAAUAUGUGAACAACAGCCUUAUUUGGAUAAAUAAGUUUGAAAGUAUUUUAUUUAAACUAUGUGCUGUGAAAUUUUGACACAAUUUGGUUCAAUUUUCACAAAGUUAUUGAGAUUUUUCGGAAUCGCCUAAAAGAUUUCUGAAGGACUGAAAACAAACCAUCAGCCGUUAAAAAAUAAUGCAAUGUACAAUCGAAAUCACUUGUAGCCAAAACAUUGUCGUUUGUCCAGGAGUAGUUUUGGAAAAAUUAUGCUAGAAGAAAAAUGUUUUUAAUUCCGAGAAAAUAUGGGGGGAACAAGUCUCCCCAGGGAUCAAGUCUCCUCAGUCUCCCCUAAUCAAAGGCUGUAUACAAUUAGGUACCAAAAAUGGCAGCAGAACACACAGUACAUCAGCUUCCAAGCCCACUCUCCACGAUCGGUGCCAAGACCGUCUGGGAUGUAGACAGCCAGAGUCUUUACUACGUGGACAUCAACGUGGCAGCCAUUCGACGCUACGACUACGCCGAGAAUAAAACUUACAGCUGUACAGUAGAUGGCGUUAAUCCUAUUGCUCCGGUUAUUCUGGUGCAAGGGAAUCCCAAUCACUACGUCGUAGGAUCUGGCAACAAGUUGCUCCUGGUUAACUGGGAUGGUCGCUCCGAAAAGGGGACACUUGUCAAAACAGUGUACGAUUUGGGUGAGUCGGAAAAGCAUACGCGCUUCAACGAGGGCAAGGUAGAUCCCAAGGGACGGUUGUACGCCGGAACCAUGCAACUCGAAUCACUAGGCGAUAUCUUCCAAUCGAAGGAAGGCAAACUGUACCGUUUCGAUGGCAAAACUGGAGGAGAGUUCCACAUGGUGAAGGAUGGAAUCGGUAUUUCGAAUGGGCUGGCAUGGAUUCAGUGUACGAACAAGUUGUACUAUAUUGAUACGGCUGCCUUGGACAUUAAGGAGUUUGAUGUACUGGAGAAUGGAGAUUUGGAGAAUGAGACUGUUAUGUAUGACUGGCGAGUGAAUGGGGAAGGACCAGGCUACUUUGGCGAUGGAAUGACUAACGAUGAAGAAGGAAAUUUGUACGUUGCCACGUGGGGUGGAUCGAAGGUGCAGAAGAUCAAUCCCAGAACGAAAAAAGUCGAACUGGAAAUCGAAAUUCCGGCAAAAUAUGUUACAACGCUUGCCUUUGGUGGUCCCCAGUUGGACGAGCUGUUUGUAGCCACAGCUAAUAUAGGCACUCAAGAUCCGCCGGCUGGAGCGCUUUUUAAAGUAACCGGACUAGGUGUUCGGGGUUUACCAAUGACGAAAAUGAUGUUAAAGGAUUGAAACAUAUCAUAUCAAAAUGCAUCAUAUACACAAAAAGGACAAAUAUUCAAUAAAAUGACAUAUUACUCA